AUGCUUUCCCAGUAUCUUAGAAAACACCAUCUAUUAUCGCGAAGGCAUCAGUUUAUGCGCUGCGCUUCGCAAAGCAGAUCUCCUCCAAGAUCGCUGCUUCAGCGUCAAGCUAAGAGACGUGGAGAGGCCGAGGCGGUUGCGCCCUCCCAACUCAUCGUCACAUCAUUGAAGGACAUAUUCUCAACGUUUCAGCCGUCUGGCUUUACGCAAGAAGACGAUGAGCUUGAGGCGGUGAAACAAAGGGAGGAUGCCAUGCAAAGGCUAGAGAAUGGCGAGCUCAGGGAACUGCUCCUUCAUAAGUUUGGGGCGCGCAGAAUCCCCAGCACUACAGAGACUGGAAACUCUGUUGGCGACCUUCGGAUACCUCCUCGGAAUAUCAAUCAAGCUUUCCACAACUUGACGACGCAGGAGCGAGAACUAAUAGAGGUUUUCCAAAGUUUGGGGACCCCUUCCAUGAACUGGAGAGACGUUCCGCUUGUAUCAAAACAGCUGCAAUUCUACAUUUCAUUUGGGUCUUAUGGUCCCAGAGAGGGUAUAACUUUUUUGGGCUCGAAGCCGGAAGACUUUAUAUGGAGUAAGACUUCCAGGCGUCUGCUCCCGGGCCAAACAGUUAGAAAGCUCCCAAAAGAUGCUACAACCAAUACUUGGACUUGCAUUCCUUCCAGAAAGGCCAAUUUCGAGCGUAUGAAGAAGGGUCUCGACCCAGGCACUCGGAUAAUAGCUUGGUUAGGAAUUCUUAUUGUCAUGAUCGCAAGCGUUAGAGACUACAAACAGCGGCGGGAUAGCGAGGCCACUGUGAAAGUCUCUGAGUUUACUGAGCAAGAGACAUCAGAGCCACAGGCGGCACAACAGGACACGGCUCCGAUAUCGAAGACCCCAAAAAGCUGGUACCAAUUUUGGAAAAGCUAG